UUGCGAAUGUUGCGAUGGUCAUGCAUCUAGCUAAUAGGUUUUACAUGAAACCGGUGAUAAAUCGCUGUGAGGAAAUAAUUGCCCACAAAGUAGACACUUUAGAUAUGAACCGACUUUUUGAAGUAACGCGAAUGCCGGGUGACGUAGUUGCUGAUGUUUAUGCAGCAAAAAUGAAGAGGUGCAAGACUAAACGGAAGAAAUGCUGCUUUCUAUGAAA